AUGGCCACAGAACAGGCAAGGGGGCCACAUGGCCCAGACCUGGCCCCCAACUCUCAGAAGCCUCCUGUGGGGGUCGAGGCUUCCAGGGGUAGUGCUGAGGGCCUCCCUUUGACCAGGAAGAGGAGCAAGAAGAAGGGGCUCCGAGGUUCCCGGAAGGGUGCUGGCAGCUCUGAGGAGCAGAACCAAGUCCCUGGCUCCGAGGCCCCAGGAGGCAGCAAGAAAACCUCUGGAACUGGGGAAGGACAGGAGGAGACAGGUGCUGCAGCCGCUGGGCCAACCACCCGUCGCCAGUCCCACCGGCAUCGCUCCGUCCCCCAACAUGAUGCAGCUCAGAAGACCUACGGGCCUCUGCUCAACCGCAUCUUCGGAAAGGACCGCGAGCUAGGCCCCGAGGAGCUGGAUGAGCUUCAGGCUGCCUUUGAGGAGUUCGACACCGACCGGGAUGGCUACAUUGGCUACCGGGACCUGGGCGACUGCAUGCGGACGCUGGGCUACAUGCCCACCGAGAUGGAGCUCAUCGAGGUCUCCCAGCACGUCAAGAUGCGCAUGGGUGGCCGCGUGGACUUCGAGGAGUUUGUAGAAUUGAUGAGCCCAAAGCUCAGGGAAGAGACAGCGCACAUGUUGGGGAUUCGGGAGCUGCGCAUUGCCUUCCGAGAGUUUGACAGGGAUAAAGAUGGACGAAUCACAGUGGCAGAGCUGCGACAGGUAGCACCGGCUCUGCUGGGGGAGCCACUGGUGGGUUCUGAGCUGGAUGAGAUGCUCCGAGAAGUGGAUCUCAAUGGGGAUGGCACCGUAGACUUUGAUGAAUUUGUGAUGAUGCUUCUCACCCACUGA